CCUCUGCAGGCCUCUCUUUGGCUGACAGUAUUGCAUUGAUCAGCUGCGCUGCAAUUACAGCUGCGAAGAGCCGUGAAGCCGACAGAGAAAACACAAAUAUCUGAACUGCACCUGCGAAAAUGUCUCAUCAGGCAGAGUUUGAGAAGGUAGCAGCGGAUGUGAAGAACCUGAAGAAGAGGCCUACAGAUGAAGAGUUGCUGCACCUGUAUGGCCUUUAUAAGCAGGCGGUUGCCGGAGAUGUUAACAUCGAUAAACCAGGAAUGACGGACCUGAAAGGAAAAGCCAAAUGGGAUGCCUGGAAUUCCAGGAAAGGAAUGUCCAAGGACGAUGCCAUGGCAGAAUACAUUACACUCGCAAACGAAAUGAUCAGCAAAUACGGCAUGUAAGGGUCACGUUACGCUGAAGAAGCCGAAGAAAUGAAAAACAACAAGACUACUAACAUAACUACUAAAACAGUGCUGCUGUCUACAUAUCAUAAGUAGCCUUCUGCUAUCAGAGGCCAUAAUUAAGCAGGAUAAUUGUCAUUUAAAAUGUGUGUCUUUUUUUUACAUAGAUUAUUAACAUUAAUAUACAAUUCAAGAGAACUGCUAUGCAUCCUUAAUAAAUAAAACAAUGUGAUGUUUUAUCAGAUUAAUGUAGUUUAUUGUUGAUGUCAACAUGUACACAACAAUAUACUGUAUACAUGUGCACUUUAAUAUGCAACUUGAUUCUAAUCUAAAUGCUGUCAAACAUUAAACUACUGCACAAAUAUUAAACAUAAAACAACUUUCUGAACUGCA